AUGAAAGCCAUUGUGCUUCACGGGCCGGGCCAGGCCAGCGUCGACUCGGUGCCGACGCCCCAGCCCGGCCCGGGCAGCAUCACCAUCCAGGUUCUCCACGCCAUGGUGCACAACAAUGCCAAAGCACUCAUCAACGGCACUGCCGGUGCCGGCGGCCACGCAAUGAAGCAGCCGUACCCAAACACCCCAGGCGGCUACGGCGUAGGCCGAGUUGCCGCCUCCGGGCCGGACACGACCGCGCCGGAGCUCCUCCGCCCGGGGCAGCUGGUUAUUUUCGACCCCUUUGUGCGUGCCCGAGACGACGGCGACGUUGCCAUCCUACACGGCGCCUUUGACGGCCUCGACGAGCGCACAAAGUCGUUUACACGCGACAACUGGCGCAACGGAUGCUGGGCGGAAUACGUCCACAUGCCGCUGGAAAACACAUGGCCCGUCGACGAGACCCUCCUUGUCGGCCGGCUCGGCCUACGGACCGAGGAGCUCAUGUUCUUGGGCCCUCUGGCCGUUGCCUACGGAGGGCUGCGGAGAAUCGACGUCAAGGCCGGCGAGACGGUCGUCGUCACGCCCGCCACGGGAUUGUUCAGCGGUGCCGUCGUCGCCGUCGCGCGGGCCAUGGGCGCCGUCGUCGUCGCCGUGAGCCGCAGCGCCGACAAACUAGCCAGGAUGGAGAGCAUCUACCCCGGUCUGAAGACCGUCGUUGCCGGCAAGACGGACAAUCUGACUGCGGCUAUUGCCGCCCACGGCCCCGUGGACGCUGUUGUGGAUUUCAGCCCCCCCGGUGCGACGGCUUCGGAGUUCCUGGGCCAGGCGAUUCUUUCUCUCCGACGGUACGGACGGGUCUGUCUCAUGGGUGGGCGUGGCGAUGCCGCGCUGCCCGUUCCUUAUGGCUUCAUGGUGUUCAAGGACUUGACGAUUCGCGGAUCUUGGAUGUACGAGAGGGAACAUGUCAGAGCCCUCAUUAAGAUGGCGGAAUCGGGCGUCUUGAAGCUUGGGAAGGCGGCGGGUUUGGAGGUUAUUGCUUCUUAUCCGCUGGAGAAGAUGGAUGAGGCGCUAGACAAGGGACUGGAAGCCGGUGCUUCUGAGUUGGUGGUUAUUGGGCCGCAGUGA